AGCGAUUGUAGAUCUAAUCACGAUUUCCAGUUGCUAAGGCUAUUUACAUUUGGCCAACGCUUUACUUUAAUAUAUAGUUAUGGGAAAUCCUGAAGAAUGGCUUGAGACUGUCCGAAAUGGCGAGUAUCUUGCAGAACAGGACAUCAAACAGUUAUGUGAGAUGGUUAAAGAACUACUCAUGGAGGAAUCCAACAUACAGCCUGUGCACUCACCUGUGACCGUAUGCGGAGAUAUACAUGGUCAAUUUUAUGAUUUGUUGGAAUUGUUCAGAGUCGGCGGUGAUGUUCCUGAUACGAACUACAUAUUCAUGGGAGAUUUCGUUGACCGUGGCCAUCACAGUUUGGAAACAUUCACACUGCUCAUGGCAUUAAAAGCCCGAUAUCCUCACCGAAUCACACUUCUCAGAGGUAACCAUGAAAGCAGACAAAUCACUCAAGUAUAUGGCUUCUAUGAUGAAUGUCAAUCAAAAUACGGCAGUGCCAAUGUGUGGAAGUAUUGUUGUUCUGUUUUUGACUACCUGACCUUGGCAGCGAUUGUUGAUGGAACUGUCCUUUGCGUACACGGUGGGUUGUCUCCUGAUGUUCGAACGCUGGAUCAGAUUCGAACCAUUCACAGGUUACAAGAAAUUCCUCAUGAAGGAGCUUUUUGUGAUCUGAUGUGGUCCGAUCCUGAAGAAAUUGAGACCUGGGCUGUCAGCCCUCGAGGUGCUGGAUGGCUAUUCGGAGGCAAAGUGACAAGCGAAUUUAAUCAUGUCAAUGGACUCUCGUUGAUCGCCCGUGCCCAUCAGCUCGUACAAGAAGGCUACAAGUAUAUGUUCCCGGACGAAAAUUUGGUGACGGUGUGGUCAGCUCCUAACUAUUGCUAUCGUUGCGGUAACGUUGCUUCUAUCAUGGAAAUUCGAGAUGGUGACGAAAUAUCAGAAAGAAGCUUCAAGAUCUUCAAUGCAGUAGCUGAUCAGGAAAGAUUGUCGAAUAACCAAAGGCAAUUCGGUGUGAACGGAGUGGGACCCGGCGGUCAAUAUUUUUUGUAGUUAUAGACAUGGCAUCGAUUGGCAAUAGCCUAGAAUUUUUUAGUCUCUCUCUCUCUCUCUUAUUUUGUGCUUCCUUAUCCUACCUUUUUUCUACUCUCACCCUUGUAGUUCUCCCUCUGUAUCUUGUUUAUCUUCCACCGGACUGGAAGAAGCACCUCCCCACACUCACCCCACAUUCACAGCUAUGCGCAUUAUAGCCCAUUGGUGUGCAUAUUUGUCUACUACAGCACUUCUACAAAUUCGGUUUUCUCUUAAUGUAUGUAAACUCUUUCUAUGUACUUCUUUUCCUAUUGUUGCGUGAUAUUUGGGCUGGACCACAUCUGUUGUG